AUUUCAAUGCCGUGAACAUAUAACAAAUAUUACAAUAAAAUAAUAUUUUAUUAGGUUGAAAUUUGUUUGUUUUUUAUUGAUUCAUAUGAUUCAAUUAUUAUAAAAGUUUUAUUGUUUUCAUUUUAGGAAUAAAUGUUUGUUAACAAUUUGAGUUGUACUAAAUACUUAUAUGGGUUACAGGUGUUAUUUUGUUCUGUUUCUUGAAAGUAUUUCAGUAUUUUAGUAUUUUUCUUUUUUUUAAAGUUUACUAAUUAUUUUAGGUGUUAUUAUUGUAUUACUUUAAUUAUAAAUUUAAAAAAUGGAGAGAGAUUAUGCUCCACUCAGUGCUGCUUGUGUUAGAGCCUUGAAUGAUAAAAUGUAUGACAAAAGAAAAGCAGCAGCAUUAGAAAUUGAAAAGAUGGUGAAAGAAUUUGCUGCUGUUAAUAAUUCUAUGCAAAUACGACGUCUAUUAAAAGUAUUGGGACAAGAUUUUGCUAUGUCCAAGAAUGCCAAUGCUAAAAAAGGAGGACUCAUAGGACUAGCUGCCAUGGCAGUGGGUUUAGGAAAAGAGACAGCUACAUAUAUAGAUGGCCUAAUUGAACCUAUAUUGGUCAACUUUAAUGAUGCUGAUUUAAAAGUUCGGUAUUAUGCUAGUGAAUCACUAUAUAAUGUUUCCAAAGUAGCACGUAGUGCUGUAUUAAAACAUUUUCCUGAAAUAUUUAAAGCUUUAAGUAAAUUGGCAGCUGAUCCUGAUCAAAAUGUAAAAAAUGCUUCCGAACUUCUUGAUCGUUUAAUGAAGGAUAUUGUGACUGACAAUUCUAAUGUAUUUAAUUUAGUUGGCUUUAUUCCAUUAUUACGGGAACGAAUUUAUACAGAUAACACUUUUGCUAAACAAUUCAUUAUAUCUUGGAUUACUAUAUUAGAUAAUGUACCAUCAUUAGAUCUUGUUAUUUAUUUACCAGAAAUUUUGGAUGGUUUAUUUAAAAUGCUCUCUGAUCCUACCUUUGAAGUAAAAAAAAUGUGUGAUGCUGUAUUGAGAAAAUUUUUAGAGAAUUUACAAAAAAACCCAGAAAAAGUAAAUUAUGCAGAUAUGAUAAAUAUUAUUGUUCUUUAUUCAUGUUCUACUGAUGAUUUUGUUCAAUAUACAUCAAUGUGUUGGAUUAAAGAGUUUAUUGCCAUGUAUGGAGCAAAAAUUUUACCAUUUACAUCUAGUAUUUUAAAAGCCUCAUUAGUUUCAAAUUCUAACAAUGAAACAGAACCACAAAUACGUGUCAAACAAACUGCUAAAUUAGUUAACUCAACAUUAAUGGAUUUAAUUAAGGAAGUUGAAGAUGAUAAUGGGAAUCUUGAUGAAAAUGAAAAAGAUGAAAAUUUAGAUUUGUCAUCUGUAAUUGUCGUGCUUACUAAAGAACUCUGUGGAUCAUCAGUUGAAAAUAAAAUAACCGUAUUAAAAUGGAUUUAUCAUUUAUUUAAUCAUUUACCAAAUAGAAUUUUAGUUCACAUGGAAUCAAUAUUUCCUCUGCUACUCACCACAUUAUCAUAUCCUAAUGAAGAAGUUGUGCAAAAUGAUUUAAAGGUUAUCGCAAAAGUUAUUUCUCCACAAAUUAUUCAAACUAAUACAAAACAGUAUUUUGAUGAUUUCAUUGUUAGUUUAUUGAAACAAUUUUGCUGUGAUAAAACAUUGUUAAAAGAACGUGGUCAGUUCAUUAUAAGACAAAUUUGUGGCUUAUUAAAUUCAAAUGAGAUUUAUAAAACCCUUUCUACAUUUUUAUUAGAAGAAGACAAUCUUAAGUUUGCUUCAAUGAUGGUAGGAACUUUAAACACUAUAUUAUUGACAUCUCCAGAAUUAUAUGACUUAAGAAUGCAAUUGAGAAAUGUUAAAAAAAAAGAAAAUCAAGAGAUUUUUCUUUGUCUGUAUAAAACUUGGUGUCAUAAUCCAGUAGCAAUAGUUGCACUUUGUUUGCUUACUCAAAAUUACUUUCAUGCCUGUAAACUUAUACACACUUUCGCAUCUAUGGAUGUUACUGUAGAUUUACUCAUUGAAGUUGAUAAAUUAAUUCAACUUAUUGAGUCACCCAUAUUUAUUUAUUUAAGAAUGGAGCUUCUAGAAGAACCAGUAAAUCAAUAUUUGAUACAAGCUUUGUAUGGACUUUUAAUGAUAAUGCCUCAAUCAGAAGCAUUUCAUUUAUUAAGACAUCGCUUGAAAUGUGUACCCAAUAUUACUUAUAAUGGACAAACAACUCAGUUAAAAUAUAAAACAGCCGAUACUAACUUAUCAGAAGAAUUUGAUUCAAAUUCAAUGCUUAGUCACUUCAUGGAAUUGCAAGAAAAACAUAAACUGUAUCAAAGAACUAUUCUUUAUAGUACACAAACCGAUAAAACCAUUACCAAAGUAGAAAUAUAACAUUAGUUAAAAUUUGUGCAAAUCAUAUUGUUAAAUAAUUUUUGCUAAAGUUUAUAAAAAUUUUAAAAAAAUAAUAUUAAAUAAUGCAAAUUUUUAUUCAUAAUUAGAAGGAUUAUGUGUUAAUAAUAAUA